CAAAAUGGCUGGAGAGAAACAGUUAUGAGGAUCGACGGUUUUCCCAGGUAUUUGUCCAAAAUGAGCCCGUCUGUUGCCUGAAGGUGCUUCCUCCACGCACUUGGGGAUCCAGGGGGAGAGAGGAGAGGGGGGGGACAGGACCACAUCCCGGGCACCACCCUGAAAGAGGCAGAGCAAGGGAGGGAUCAUCCAAUCGUUGGUAGGCGUUGAGCCCAGCCCUUCAGAUGAAGAGCCUUCAGUUCCGGAGCAUUGCCCCCAAGGCCCCGGCCGUGGUGCCCUCCCCCUCACCUGCGGUCCUGUCCUGCCAGCCUCCCUCCGCCCUCCCAGAGGCUACCACCGCCUCGAGCCCCAAGUCCAUUAUUGUGCCCGCCCAAAACUAUGCACUGAUGCAAAUUGCAGGUCAGGAUGGCACUUUCUCUCUGGUUGCGUUGCCCCCUUCUGUCUCCUCUCAGACACCACAGCCACAACAGCCACAAACCCAGUCCAUUCAAAGGAACCUCAAGUUGCCCAUUCCAAGAUACCAGCCAGCCAGGAGCAAGGGGACUGCAGAUAAGGUCAAAUCACCACCGCUUGCUGCAAAGAUGAAAACAGCCUCCAAGACAGCACAGACAACAGUGAGUGGUUUAUCGAAAGUGAUUAAAACGAAAGAACGGGAGACCAAGCACACAAAGGAAACCCUAGUGCCCAAAGAGGAACCCUCGGAGCAGGUGAUUCUGAUUGAUCCAGCCUCCUCGGAUAUCUCUGUCACCGCUUUACUCCCAGACAACGCUGUCCUCUACCCGGGUUCACAGUUAGAGCGAGCACCUGAUGGCUCUGAACGACCUGCUACAACUGGCCUUAUACAAAACCUUCAGUACUCUCCUGCUGCUGUCAAGACCUCCCCAUGUAAAUCUCCAGAGGAAAGCAAGACUAUAGUGCGGCUCUGUCAAUCUAAACCCACAGCAGCUCAACCCCAGAGUAGUAUCACGGUGCUGUCCCCAGCCAUCUUCAGCAAAGCAGUCCAGAUUAUCCCUUCCCCUCCUAAAGGUAAACUGCCCAUUCUGCCCUACUCUAAGAUGAAGAGCACCCUCAUUCCAGCAGCCAAGCUCAAUCUGUCCCCAGAGAAAAAAGCUUUCUCCAGCCAGGCAGGACUCCCCAGUCCCAUGGAUCCUACAUCCAAGACCCUUGAGACUGCAGAGGCCUUGGGUCAAAACCCAGUGCCAAACUCCACUCUCAUGCCUCACAACAAGACCACACUUAUGCCUGUGUUGGGAACCCUCCAGAAACCAUCUGGCAAGAAGAGAGGAAGGAAGAGGAAGACAAUGGAAGACAUCUUGGCAUUUGAAGCCAGAAAGAAGCGGUCCUUGUCUUUCUUCCGUAGAAGGGUCCAAGAGAAACCACCAGCUGUUGUUUCAGGUUCCAAACAAAAGGAAGUCGAUAUUUCAAAGAAGUAUCGUAGCAUCCGACCCAAGCCCAUGUUGGUCAUGGAGACAGUUCCACAACUGGUUAGUUUGCCUGCCAUCACCCCAGAUGGUCAAGAACAGGAGCUUGUACUUGGUCAUCAACUCCCCACCACUACCACAUCAAAGGCCAUGGACUGUCCUCAGCCAGCCCCAGUCACACUCCACCUGAGAGGUGCCACCCACCCCAGAGUAUUCGUUGGCAGCCGUCCCAUUCACCGCUGCCCCACCUGCAGCCGCUGUUUCCAGUUCAAGCAUCACCUUCAGAGCCACAUGAACAGUCACACCAACAGUCGGCCAUAUGUGUGCCCCGUCUGCCGUAAAGCUUACGCCCACUCUGGCAGCCUGAGCACCCACAUGAAGCUCCAUCACUCUGAGGUACGCCCACGGCGCUCUCUAGGCUGUGAGUUCUGUGAGAAGGCCUUCGGAUAUGUGGGCGUUUACUUCAGUCACCUGAGAGAGGUCCACAAAGUGGUGCUGACUGUGGAGCCGUCAAUUAGCCAUCAUGAGGAUGAUGUGUCUGUAGAAGGGGCCAACUUACCAGAAACCUCAGAAGAGCAGGAUCGUGAAGAUCCCGUAGAGCUGCAGAUCAAAUGCGGUCGCUGCCAGGCCAUCACUCCAACAUUCGCUGACAUGAAGAUGCACCUGCUCUAUGUUCAUGGUGAGGAGGUACAGGUCAAACUCCAAGAUGGCCAGCCAGUACGAGAUGGUCGUUCAGCUGAGGAUGAGCUCGUGAAGCACGCCGCACACUACUGGCGGCAGCUCAACGAGAAACGCAACCUGGUCAAGUGCGGCAACUGCGAUGAGGAGUUCUUCUCCUUCUCCAAGCUAAAGAGGCACAUCAUGUCCCACCACUGUGGAAGGGAGGGGGAGGACAGCGGGUCCCUGUCGUCACCAGAUAGCAGUAGAGGCCUUGGAGUCCUUGCAGCGGGGUCAUCCUUCAACUGCGUGCUUUGCAGCGAGGUGUUAGACACAAAAGAGGGGGUUAUGGGGCACUGGAGGAGUCACCACCACUGUGAGCAGCCUGGUCUGCUGUGGGAUGCCCUGAGCUCAUACUCGGGCCAGGAGGAGGCUGAAGCAGAGGGGGACUUGGACACUCCUGCUCCAAGUCCACACUAUCCAGCCUAACCCUUGGAUGGGCAGGGGGUCCCCUGUGGGACCUCCUAUCACACACUCAGAGUUAACAAUCAGCAGCACAGGGAUGAAGAGUUUCCCUUAUGAUUCUAGCACUGGUUUCUUCUUUCACCAAGUCAGAAAGUGGAGUCACUCCAGCAGAAAUAAAAACAUACAUUAACAUGGUAAAAAUCAAACUCAGUGCUACAUUUUAUAAGGGAUGUUCUCUUUAGGUCACAGAAUUCAUUUUAUAAACAUUAUUUUCACAUAGUUUUAUUUGCACUGUUUUGUUUUGUUUGGUUUCUGUUGUAUUUAAUGUCCAGUUGGUUUAUUUUUCUACUUCUUAUUUAAAUGUUAUUAAAAGGGUAAUUUAUCACCAAGCUGACACAUGAAAACUUUUUGUCAAGUAUCUCCUGUGGUAUAAAGCCAUGCAGAAAUGUCGCUGUUUGUGCUUGGUUUAGUUUAGACCCCUUUUUGAUAUUUUUGCCUCUACGUGAUUUAAAAGAAUCCAACUAUCCAAUAGCCUGGUUAUUAGAUGAAGUAAUGGUCAACCGGGCAGGUAGUUGCUCAAAAAAUUAAGUUGGAAUACAUCUGGAUUUACCUACAACUUAGCUAAACGGUAGUCUUAUACCAUGUCCAAACUGUACGUGACAUGUGCAAGCAUUGGUGGAGAAAACAGCUUGACAACACUGAUUCCUACAGGCCGUUUGCAGAUGAUGUCACAUCACAACAAAGAAGACUAGAUGGGGGACAGAAAGUGAUUCCUGCAUAGAUGUGCUUUUUUAAAUGCCAAAGUUUUGUGCUGUUUACAGCUGUGCCAACUGCUAAGAUUAAAUGAAGAAUAGAUAGAUGCUUGUUAAAAAUACUAAGCUAGCUAGUUUUGAGUCCAAAAAGUGGUUGCACAUUCAGGCAAAUAGUUUUAUGUUCAUGGAGGAAAUGCUGCAGACAUGGAAUUACCUCCAUCUUAAAGGCCACAUAUUAUGCAAAAUAGACUUUUUCAGGCUUUUCUAGCAAAAAUAUGUGCCCCUGGCCUGUCCACAAUCCCCCCCAAGAAUCAGAAAAAAGCCGUUCUGAGAUUUUCCCCUCAUGAUGU